CAAAGAGGUCGUUUUUUAGAUUUUCACGAAAAAUAAAACCAAAUGUUGUAUUUCAUGAAGUCUAUUUUCUUACACUUCAUUUAGAAGCCAUAGAUUCAGUACUUGAAUGGAAACGCGUUUUUUUCCAUUUUGGUUCACCAUUCCUAAUAGAACAUCCUAGUGUUUUUCUUCCAACGGUCAAAGGAAGCAUUAAAAACCCCUUUUUGUUGGUGAUUAUUAGUCGAAUUCACUUUCUUUUUGUUUUCUUAAAGUUCAACCGUAAAAAAAGAGCGUUUCGACUUGGUAAAAGCGAUUUUUCUCUGUUGGUAGUUUAAAUUCGUUUUCUGGGCUUAUAACGUUCUUGUUCUUUGUAAGCUAAUUUUCUUUAAUAAUCCGUAUUAUUUUGUCUUCCUUUUAAAUCAAGACGUGGUUUGGGAACAUCCGCAGUUUUUAUCUUUUGUUUGCUCCCAACAUUUAGGGUUUUCUAUUUUGUGCUUUUUAGUGCCUUUCUUAUUUUUGUUUCUCUAAUUCGUUUUCUUUCAAUUUUCUGAUAACUCGUUCUUUUUCUCUCGCGACAUUCCUUCUUGUUUCAAUAUGAGUUUAUCAAGCGCUGCUGUUCGCAGAGCUAUGCAAGUCAUAGAUAGGGUAGGCUUGGAUAUUCCUAUUUAUGAGAUUGAACAUGCACUUCGUGAUAUCCUAGAAGAGAAGUCCAAUCCUGUCCAGAUCGGUGCUUUUCUUACCGCCAUGCGCUUAACAAGGGUUGAACAGCGACCUGAAGUUCUAAUGUCGACGGUCAAUAUUAUUCGGUCGUAUUCGAUUCCCAUUGAAGGUAUCUCUUCUAUGCAACCGAAAUUUGUCGAUAUUGUUGGCACAGGCGGCGAUGGUCAUAAUACCUUUAAUGUGAGCACUGCUUCUGCUAUUAUUGCCGCUGGUGCAGGCUUACACAUUUGUAAGCACGGAAACAAAGCCUCUACUUCUUCCAGUGGAUCUGCUGACCUCCUUAUGUCGUUUGGUUGUGAUUUGCUCAAUGUCACUGCGAAAAAUCUGAUAUCCAUCGCAGAUGAAUCGAAAUUCUCAUUUUUGUUCGCUCCUCAAUGCCAUCCAAGGCUAAAGGUUGUCGCGCCAGUCCGCAAGGAAAUUGGUGUCCCUUCCAUUUUCAAUCUUGUUGGUCCCUUGCUCAACCCCGUGCCAACUUAUGCUCGUAUUAUUGGUGUUAGUCACCCAACCCUUGGACCCACAUUUGCUCAAGCUCUUUUGCUUCUUGGUGCCGAUCGCUCUCUCGUCGUUUGUGGUGAGGAGGGUUUAGACGAAAUUUCCCCCGCUGGCCCUACCCAUGCCUGGCUAGUAAAGGAUGGUCAAAUAACUCAAAUGAUUUUGACUCCUGAAUCAUUUCAUCUUCCUUACCAUCCUUUAUCAAGUGUUGCUAGUGGUACUCCCUCUGCUAAUGCUGUGCUCCUUCAAAGGCUACUUUCUAAUUUGCUUCCUAAAAACCAUCCCAUUUUGGAUUAUGUCUUGAUGAAUACUGCUAUGUUAUUGCAUGUUGCUGGACUAGCAGAUUCUUUGUACCACGGCGUGAUACUCGCUCAAGAAAGCAUUGCUUCAAGAUCUGCCUUAACCGAGCUUGAGCGAUUCGCUUCAGCUACUCGAAUUUUCCAAUAAAAUUAUCUAAUGGUUUUGUUGUUGUCUUAAAUUUCUAUAUUCCUACAUUUGAAUGUUUUUCUUGUACAUAUAUCCCAGUUAAAACUGAACUUUAUCGUUGUGUCCUCUUUUUUGUUUAGACAUUCAUACUAGAUUCGCUUACAAUAAAAAUGUUAUGUUAUUCUUCAUAUAAACUUGCUAUUAAUCUUUAUCCUGUUUUUUCUUACUUCUUGCCUUUUCUG